UGUACAUGACCAGGAUAUCGGCUAUCUGACCUGAGCUUCUUGUGUCUGUUGAAGCCUGUCUCCUUCCAUCCCACACUUUGCUCUCCAAACUACCAUGGGGGCUUUAUCAAUUGCAAUUGCGCCAGGUUCCGCUUUCAUAUAAUAGCCCGGCGUCGAUUUGAUCUUUCAUCUUCAUCAUGGGACCCUACGUGCACCGAUCGGUGUCUCUUGCAAUUUGUAGUCCAAACUUAAACCGGGCCAGAAGUGAGAGCUUUUCUUUUUCGCACUGCGUUAUUACAGGCACAACCAAUCCUAUUGUCGCGGCGACUGUCUUGAGUACUCUAUUUGAGGCUUUCGAACAUUAUUCUCCUAUCUGAUUUGGCUCAUGAUGUGCCGACCGACAGCGCGCUUUCCGUGUAUAGUUGCGGCUGCCAGAGGACUUUCGAACACUAUUAGAGUUAACACUGAGUUGGCAAGAACCGUUCCCUCAUACUCGUCUUCCCCUACCCACCACAUUCGUCUUCUCGCAUUCGUCACGAUCCGUAGUCACUCACCACAUUUAUCGUUUAUCAUUCACCACAACCAAUCAUUACCUUACAUUGCCUAUCAUUAUGUCGUCCCGUUAAGGCGGAGGCAGUCGUCCGAACGGCCAAGGCAGACAGCCUCCCAGAUCAACUCAAGCUCCCGCGAUAUCCGACAGUACUUCCGAAAUAUGUCAACGAAAACAUCGACUCCGCGAUACACUACCCUCCCGCUUCAGCAUACUCUCCGCCGAAAACACCAAGUGCUGACGAGGACUGGACCCUGCCCGCCAAAGCUCCACCGCCUGUCACGCAGCAAACACCUGUCAAGCGCACUGCCUCUCACGAGAGCAGGAUCUGAGGAUGGAGAGGUCAUCGAGCUUGUCAAAUCGACGCCAGCCAAAUUCAAUGAUAUCAGGAGCUGUCUCGAGAUGCAGUUGAGCGUCAAGAUUACGGAGGAGGAUUGGGAGGACCUCUUGAAAGGCGAUGUUUGACAAGAGGAGUAUGACAGCGGUAGAGCAUCGGUCGGAGAGACCCGGCAUGGGGGCGUUAUCGAGUUCGGUUUAGAUUGUAGUCUUAUUAGACCGAGUAUCUGUUACUCAGGUCUUCCCUGUCUCGCUGCCUCAUGGUAUCUUCGGGCUCAGCUAGGGUAUCUUCACUGCUCUUG